CAAAAUCAUCAGAAAAGGCCUCUCCCCUCUCUCUUUCUCUCUCACACACAGUUUGUGUCACUCUUUUUUUUAAUUUUAAUUUUUUUUCAUUUAUUUUUUUUCAUUUUCUUGUGUUCUUCACCUUGAGAGGGUCCUCUGUUCUGGGCUCUGUUUUCUAAUUGGAGCUUGGGCACCGAAACAACAUGGGUUGGUUUUGUUGCCCAGGGAAAUCAAGCAAAAAAUCGGUUACCGAAGACUACAGCGACACCCUCAACCAGAAACCCAUCAAUUUCACUGCCACAGAUAGUGUCAAAGUUGAUUUCAGAGUGAAUGGGAAUAAGGAAGAUGGUUCUAAAGGUGAUCAACUUGCUCUGGACGUAAAGAGUUUAAAUUUGAAAGAGGAGGCUUCUCAGGAUAGAAAAGAUAAUGGUAAUCGGGCACAGACAUUCAGUUUUAAUGAACUUGAAGCUGCGACGGGAAGUUUUAGGUUGGAUUGUUUUUUGGGUGAAGGAGGCUUUGGCAAGGUUUACAAGGGACACUUGGAGAGAAUAAACCAGGUUGUAGCUAUAAAGCAACUUGACCCUAACGGACUUCAAGGGAUUCGUGAAUUUGUUGUUGAAGUGUUGACGUUGAGUUUGGCAGAUCACCCUAACCUUGUGAAGUUGAUUGGAUUUUGUGCUGAGGGAGAGCAGAGGCUAUUAGUUUAUGAGUACAUGCCAUUAGGAUCUUUGGAGGACCAUUUGCUUGAUAUUCGGCCAGGUAGAAAACCACUUGAUUGGAACACAAGAAUGAAAAUAGCAGCUGGUGCAGCUAGGGGUUUGGAGUAUCUGCAUGAUAAAAUGAAGCCUCCUGUAAUAUAUCGCGAUUUGAAAUGUUCUAACAUUUUGUUAGGAGAGGGAUAUCAUCCUAAAUUGUCCGAUUUUGGCUUGGCAAAAGUAGGCCCAAGUGGUGAUAAGACCCAUGUUUCAACAAGGGUUAUGGGCACAUAUGGGUAUUGCGCCCCAGAUUAUGCAAUGACAGGCCAGUUGACAUUCAAGUCAGAUAUUUACAGCUUCGGGGUUGUUCUUUUGGAGCUUAUUACAGGCCGGAAAGCCAUUGACCAUACAAAACCUGCCAAAGAACAAAAUCUAGUUGCAUGGGCAAGACCCUUGUUCAGAGAUAGGAGAAAAUUUUCGCAAAUGGUUGACCCAUUACUUGAAGGUCAAUAUCCCGUGAGAGGCCUAUACCAAGCUCUUGCCAUUGCUGCUAUGUGUGUUCAAGAGCAGCCUAAUAUGCGGCCUGUAAUAGUUGACGUGGUUACAGCUCUAAAUUACCUAGCUUCUCAGAAGUAUGAUCCCCAACUUCAUCCAGCACAAACUUCUAGAAGGAGUCCACCUUCUCAGAUGAUGAAAAGGGAUGAUGAUGAUCAUAGACAUAUUUUAAGCAUCGAGCAUGAGACAGACAGAUCUUAAAACUAGGAAAAUAGAUUUUUUUUUUGUCUGUUCAUAUGCAAUGUGCCUAGUUUCCAAAUUUUGUUUCAUAGGGGAGAUAACAGGUGCCUUAUCAAGUGUAAGUCUCAUUGAAAUUUUCUUACUUAGUGCCCCCUCAAUGUAAAUGUCAGCUGCUGCCUUUAAUGUGUAUUUAAAUGCCUUUCUGUAGGAAGUAUAUUUAAUUGUUUUUGUGUUUUGCCCCUUCGUUAGAAUUUAGCCUCAGAUAUAACAUGACUUAUUUCGUCUUGAUCUACAGUCUAGUUCAUUGUCCACCAUCUAGGAGUGCAUCCUAAAUGUUUGAACA